CUUUCUCGUCACAAGCUGAUCACCGGGAGAGCGGCGUCGGUCGUCUGCGAGUGUUUGUCUGCUAGCGUGAUAUCUGUGAGUGAGCGGUGUGCUGUGCUGUGCGUGAGGGACUUCGUCGACUUGAGAGAGGGGAUGGCGCGGACCAAGCAGACCGCCAGGAAGUCGACGGGCGGCAAGGCGCCCCGCAACCAGCUGGCCUCUAAGGUGAGAACAAAGGUGCCAAUCACAACAAUGUACGUGAAAAGUGUCUGUGCUGUGUGGGUGAAGUACUUGAAGUCGGCCCCCGUGUCUGGCGGUGUCAAGAAGCCCCACCGCUACCGCCCCGGGACGGUGGCGUUGCGUGAGAUCCGCAAGCACCAGAAGAGCACCGAACUGCUGCUCCGCAAGUUGCCCUUCCAGCGUCUGGUCAAGGAGCUUGCCCAGGACUUCAAGACGGACCUCCGCUUCCAGUCACAGGCCGUGUUGGCCCUUCAGGAGGCCAGCGAGGCCCACAUGGUCGGGCUGCUCGAGGACUCCAACCUCUGCGCCAUCCACGCCAAGCGAGUGACCGUCAUGCCCAAGGACAUCCAACUCGCCAAACGCAUCCGCGGCGAGAAUAAAUCAACACGCCAUCCCACGGGAGGGGUGUGGUGGUGGGUAAGGAGUGGGAGGGGGUGGGGACUGGGUAGGAAGUAAAGUGACUGAUGUGCGUCACACAUCGCCUGGGUGUGAAGGCUGUCUUGACGCACAUCACACACGACUCCACGCACCUCUCUCUCUCCCUGUCUGUUUGUCUGUCUGUCUGUCUCUCUCUCUCUGUGCAUCGACUCGUGUGCUCAGCUCGUUGCAUCUGCGGAAAGGUGAUAAAUAAGGUAGACGGCUGUGCUGUGCUGUGCUGUGCUGCGUGUGGAUAAGGCAGCCAUGCAUUUGUCGGCAGGUAAGUGUGUCGUGGGGGAAAGGUGGCUGUGAGUGAGGAUGUGGCCGUGUGCAUGUGCCUGUUGUGGUGAAUUGGCGUGCGGCGCGAAAGGGCUUCAGCCUGCACGCACUGCCCCGCUCGAUGUCAGCUGGGGGGUUGUGUGGGUAGGUGGCAAUUCAAUUGGUCAAGGGGAUGUGAUGGAUGUGCCACAUGAGGGAGGAAGGGUAUUCGGUGACACCUAAGAGGGGCCUCGCUAAGAGGUGGCUGGCUGACAUAAGAGGAUGGAUGCGAUAUAGUGUAGGAAGACUGUGUGUUAUGAGAGAAAGGUGCACAACAGAAAGAUGAUGAAUUUCUCUCACGCUACAGAGAUGAAAAAUUG